AUGAACGCUCUCUACCGUCGGAUCUCCCCGAUCGGAAAUUCAAGGGUCUCAAUCGUUCCAUUGUUGGACCAGUGGGUCGAAGAAGGGCGUCUCGUUGACAAAGAACAACUCCAAGCCUUCAUCAAAGAAUUGCGAUCCUACCGACGAUUCAGUCAGGCUCUUGAGAUUUCUAUGUGGAUGACCGACAGAAGAUGCUUGCCACCUACAUGUGCUGAUGUUGCCAUUCGGCUGGAUUUGAUAUCUAAAGUUCAUGGUACAGAACAAGCAGAAAAUUAUUUCCACAAUGUUCCGGAAAAAUUAAAGGGCCUUCCAGUUUAUGGUGCUCUACUUAACUGCUAUGCUAGUGUAAAAUCUGUGGAGAAAGCGGAGGCCACCAUGCAGAAAAUGAGGGAUUUGGGGUUGGCUCGGACAUCGCUGCAAUACAAUGUUCUGCUUAAUCUUUAUUAUCAGACUGCAAAUUACAAGAAACUUGAUAGUCUGAAGCAUGAAAUGCAAGAAAAAGGAAUUGGACAUGAUAAAUUUACAAUGGGUAUACGUGUGAGUGCCUUUCCAGCUACAUCUGAUGUCGAGGGAAUUGAUAGACUGGCAAUGAUGGAAUCAGAUCCCAAUUUUGUUUUGGACUGGACAGUUUACAGUAAUGCAGCAAGUGGGUACGCAAAAGCUGGACUCUGGGACAAAGCUGUGGAGAUGCUGAAGAAAUCUGAGGAACUAAUACCAGGUAAAAAUAGCAAUAGAGCAUAUGAGUUUCUUAUCACACAAUGUGCAAAAUUUGGGAAGAAAGAUGAUGUUUUAAGACUUUGGGAACUUUACAAGCACAACCAUAAGAUUUACAAUAACAGCUAUAUAUGUGUCAUAACUUCAUUGUUGAAAUUUGAUGACCUUGAAAGCGCCAAGAAGACAUUUGAGGAGUGGGAAUCAGUAAACAAAUACUAUGAUAUUCGGCUUUUAAACUUCAUGAUUGGUGCUUACUGCAGCCAAGGGCUUUUGCUGGAGGCGGAAAAUCUUAUAGAUGGGGCAAAAUUGAAGGGGGGGAAGCCUAAUCCGAAAACAUGGCUCCAUAUGGCAACUGGGUAUUUUCAGAAUGAUCAAACUCAAAAAGCAGUGUUAGUGAUGGAAGAAGCAUUGGUGGUUUGUAAAACUGUGUGGAAGCCUAGGAAGGAAAUUUUUUCGUCCUGCCUAAAAUACUUUAUAAGUGAAGAAGAUAUAGAGGGAGGAGAGAAUUUUAUAAAAUUAUUUAAGAACAAGGAUAUCAUCUCUGUAGAGAUUCAAGAUAGAUUGUUGAAUUAUUUCUAG